GAAUUGAUGGUACAAUGAAUUCUCAAAGUAGAAGGAUCGAACACAAGAAAACUCUUGAAUGCGAGUGACACAAAAGAAACCCAGCGACGUCGUUAAAAAGAGUCGUUCACCAUAAAUAAUGGGCUUUAAGGAAAAGAAGCCCAUUAUCCCAAUCAUUUCGAAGUGAUAUCAAAAUCACAACCAAUCGGCGAAAACUUACCCCAUCCUAUAUGAUCCGAUCUAGGUCGUCACGACGGAGAAGGCGAUGACAGGGAGAUUAACCAUGGAUCCGGCGAAGAUGGUUAACGGAGGAAAGUCCAAGGAGGAAGGCAAUCGUAAGAAGAGAAAGAAUCAACAAGUAACAUCGAGCAACAUGGUUUUGAAAAGGCUUCUUCGUCCAGCAAGGUACUUCGAUGGUUUAAUGACUAACCCUUGUUAUUAUAAUCCCACCAAGCCUCCUAGGAAGCCCUGUUUGAUAUGCGCUAGUGUCCAACAUGUUACAAAGCACUGCUCAAUGAACCACCCAGACAAAGAUUGUUCUGAUAAGACAUCAGUUUGUUUAAGAUGUGGAGGCUUAGGACACGAAAUGGGUUUGUGCAAGUACGAAUACACUGAGGAUGAUUUGAAGAAUGUGCAGUGUUAUGUCUGUAAAGGCUUUGGUCACCUGUGCUGUGUCGAGCCUUGUGAUUCACUGCCCUCUUUGUGGGCUGUGUCUUGUUACAGAUGUGGUGAACUGGGUCAUACUGGACUGUCGUGUGGUAGACACUACGAGGGAAGCCCUGAUAUACAAAGUGGAUUUGGUCGUCUUGCUACUUCUGCAGCCAUUUCCGAGCUCGGGAAGAAGAGGAAACGUGAGACAGCCACACUAUCAUCACUCAAGACAAAUGAUGUAGACUCACAAGAAAUAUCUAUUCUUCAUGACUCCAACUGGACUAAGAAGAAGAAGAGAAAGAAGAAGAAGAUUAACAAAAAGUCGGAUCAGCAUGUUACUCCCCCUGAAUCCAACGGGGAGAAGAAUGAUGGGAAUUUGGAACAACAUUCUAAGAAGAAUGUUGAGUCGGAACAGAAUUUUACUGCCCAUGAAUCCAACAGGAAGAAGAAGAACAAGAACAAGAAAGCUAAAGGUGAACAGACCCCUGUAGCAGAGAAACCAAAUCUUAGAAGUGGUUGGUUAACAGAGUAUUUGGAAGAAGAUCCUUUCCACAGAGGAAAGAUUAGGAGGCUGUGUUCGCCCACUACACCAUCGGGUUAUGACCACCACAGAUUGGCCACUACACAUAUGGAUCAUAACUACAGAUCACCAAGAUUCAUUUCUGGUGGGCAUUACCCGGGUUCUCACUCAACCACACAAUAUGAUAGAAACCGUAUAAAUUCAUCGUUCGAGUCUAAUGAGCAUCUCUCGGGUCCUCCACCAAGGCUGUGGCAGCGUAACUAUCCUCCUACCUCUCCUAUUGCACCAUCAGGUCAUAGCCACCAUCGGUUACCCGUUACACCACCGGGCCAUAACCAUUGGUCACCAACAUUCAGUUCUGGCGGGCCUUAUACGGGUUCUCUAUCCGUGGAACCAUGCGGUGGUAACCGUAGAUAUUUAUCAUUCGAGUCUAAUAGGCAUCUCUUGGAUCCUCCAAUUCCAAGGCUGAGGCAGAGUUACUAUUCUCCUACCUCUCCCAUUACACCAUCAGGUCACAAUCAUAUGUUACCAACAUUCAGUUCUGGUUGGCAUUCCACAGGUUCUCUGUCGACCAUACCACCACAUGGUGGAAACCAUAGAGAUUCAUCCUUCGGGUCCAAUGGGCAUCACUUGGAUCCUCCAUUUUCAAGGGGGCAGCCUUAUUAUCAAUCUACCUCUCCCAUUACACCAGCAGGUCAUAACCACCAUAUGUUACCCAGUACAUAUAACCAGAGAUCACCAACAUUCCGUUCCGGUGGGCAUUACUCGAGUCCUCUGUCAAGUACACGAAAUGGUGGAAACCAUAGAAAUUCACCAUUCGAGUCUAGUGGGCAUCUCUCGGGUCCUUCAACUUCAAGGCGGCAUCCUUAUUAUCCUCCUACAUCUUCACAUCAUCAUCAUCAGCAGCAGAACAUAUAUGGUCAUGCACCCUCAAGGUAUGGUCCGCCCCACCACUAUGGAGAAUUUUCAGGCAACUAUGAACAGUGGUAGCAUCAACUGAUAUUGGUGUUCAUGAAAUCUAUUACGCUUGAUGGUGUUUGUUGGGAUCAAAGGUUAGCUUACCUAGACCUUGUGUAUUUAAUUCGAGAUUUGGGGCAGCUUCUUGUUAUUUUGUGCUCUUCUCUUCACAAGUAGUUUGUGCAGUUCUCAUUUGUUUUAAGUGAUAUGUUUAUGAUUUUUCUGAUUUAUGAGAGAUAGGUUUUGAUGCCAAUGCAAGGAAUCAGAUUCUAUAGCUGUUCAGUUACUGAAUAUUAUUUGUAGACAUUGAGAUGUUGGAACACAGAAAUGUAUCGUCUAGUUCUUUUC